AUGGAGGAAACGAACGUGGCGGAGGAGGCCGUGCAGAGCGCCCCACAGGAAGAGCACCCAAAUGAGAAGAAGGGGCAACAUGAGGAGAGCGCGCCGGGUGGAGAGAACGCUCCAAAAGAAGAAGGCACCCUAAGUGGGGAGAAGACACUCAGCCCAGAAGACUUCCUAUGUGACGAAAAUAAAAUUGUGUACACGAAGAACGAAUUCUUAUAUGCCUACGUUGAGCUGAUCCUAAAUGAGAAGGACUUGGGGGAGGACCACGACGUGCCCCUCUGCAGCAACCAGUUUAAGUUCCCCGAGCUACUUAACGAUGUACGAAAGGGAGACGAUGAAAACAACCCCAUGGGAGGUGAAGAAGGAGAGAAUGACCAAAGCAAAAGUAACGCCAUGGGCGAUGAGGAGGAUGGAGGUGUCUACAACAAGCACCACUACAGAAACUUUGCAGAAAGGGGAGGCACUUCUUCAGGGUUUUAUAACAACGAUCCUGAGAGGGGAAGAAUUAGAAAUGACUUUUUCACCCGAGAUGGCAACGCCUUUAUGAACAAAAAUAAUCUGCAAGAUUCGACAGACGCAAACAAUCCCCUGCUCAGCAUGAAUAAGAGGAGCAACCAUUUGCUGAAGAACAACAAGUUUCGCAAAUUCUUCGACGGAGCGAAUGCAGGUGCACUCAACGUUAGCGGUAACAGCGGCGGAAGCGGUAAUCAGCCAUAUGGAGGUGCGAAAAACCAGUUUGAGGCUGGCCUGGGGGAAAACGCCAACCGGAAUAGCUUCGCCAGGAAAACGAGUUUCCACGGGGAUGGAAACAACCCCGCGUUCAUGGGCCAAAACAACGCAGGGAAUAAUGCCCUGGGAAGUAACCCCAUGGGAGGUGGCCCCCUAGGAAGCAACAAUGGGGCGAACAAAACCCUGUGGAGGGACUACGACAAGGGCAUUUCCUCUUGGAGGUUCUCCAAAACAAACAACAAGGCAAACGAAAAUGUGAAGAAUGAUCCCAAGCUAAGAGGUGCUUCCAAAGGGUUUGGCAAACCCUUUGCAGAUAAUAUGAAGAUGCCUUCGUCCUCCCCCCAAAAUUCAGAUGACGAAAAUGAAAGCAAUAACGACGCGUCGAAGAACACGCACAGGAGUAACUACCCCAAGGACAGAGGACCCAUGCACAUGAAGAGGGAAGACCUGUUUAGCGACCACCCCUUUGCCUUCAAAAAUGGGAAUAUGGCCCACAGCAUGGGGCAGAUGGGCAGCAGCGGUGCGUUUAUCAGCCAAUAUAACAACACCGCUGCCGCUACUGCCGCUGCCGCUCCUGGUUAUAGCUACAGCGGGGGAAGCGGCGCAGCGGGCGGGGCGGACGCCGCCAACAAGAGGGCGGUGGAGAACGCCCCUGGCCUGCUAAACCAUUCGAGUGGGACAAACAAAAACUUCAACUUCACCUCCCCCCCCUCUGCGUUCUAUGGCAAUAAAGGAAUUGGCAGCAGCAGUGGGCCCAAAAAGGGCUUCAGCGACCUGCACAACAUGAUGGGUGCGAGCGCGGCGGGCGGCGCCAUGGCGGGCAGCAAUAGUGCCAACGCGGCCGACGAUUGGAAGAUGAAGAAGUAUAAGAAGGUCCCCGCCAGUGGCAACAACGCGGAGCAGUCACAACCGCAGCCAUCGCAGCCAUCGCAGCAAUCGCAGCAAUCGCAGCAGCCGCAGCAGCCGCGCGUGGGGGAAGAGAAGGCCAAGAGGGGAUACGGCCGAAACGAAUUUGCCAGCAUGUUCAUGAACAAGGGUAACGACUCUGGCAAGCUGAGCAUGCAUGGCAUGGGGGCCGGGCACGAGAUGCAUCUGUACAGCCAUCGUGGAAACGGUGCCAGUGGAGCCUCUGCCCACGCGGGGGGGGUACACCCGAACGUGGCUCACAAUGUGAAGGGCAGCGGGGUGGGCACGUUACCCAACGUAGACAUGCUUAGCAGUGACUUGACCGAUGGAAGAGGCAACCACAGCAUCGACGAAGUUAAUAGGACCGGCCCAAAUGACACCGCAGAUUCGCUUCUUAACAACAUGGGGAGGAAGAUUGGCAGAGGUGGAGCAGGCGCGGCGGGCAGCUUCUCCGCGUCCCACGAAAUGGUGAGAGGUCCACCCGGCCACGGCACCGGCCACGGCACCGGCGGAAACAACCAAAGCGGCAGUGGCAACACCGCCUUUAAUGCCAACCGAGGCGGAAAGGGAAACCAAAAAAGAGAAAACAAAAAUGAGAAGAACGUAGUGGAAGAUGACUGGAGCAACAUAAGGAGGAAGUCCAGCUUUGUAGAAAACAAAAAGGCCACGGACGAUUUCAUGUGGCAUAAGAUGAGCGAGCAAUUCGAUAAGAACAAUAAAAUGUCCUUCGAUUCUGUUUACCUCAAAACGGAUCCGAGCAUCGCGGCUACUCUAAACAGAGGUAGGAACUUUGAGCACAUCACCGUCGGGGGAGCGAACAGUGGUGCGAAGAAUGAAAGGAAGGACGGAGCAGAAGGGAGUAACCACACCCUUGGUGGCAACGUUGGAGGUAACGUUAGCGGAAGUGCCUUCCCUGCUUUGAAGGCGAAGCAGCACCCAUCGGCGGAGGACAAACCCGGUGAUGGAAGCGGAGCAAACAAGGCAGCGGCGGAGAAAAGCAAAAAGAAGAAGAAGAAGGGAGAGAAGGACGAUGGAAAGGGCGCCGAAAAGGGCGGCGAAAGGAACGGCGAAAGGAACGGCGGGAAGGAAGACGGAAGAGAGAAAGACGGAAGAGACAAAGACUUGCGUACCGCACAGGGAACGGAAGACCACGGCAGACAAAUGAAAACCCCCGGGGAAAGUGUUAAAAUGAACCCUAAGGACACAAGUAAUGAUAAUAUAUAUAAUUCAUUUCAUGAAGAAAAUAAUUCUGCACUUCAUGAAAGCAGCUACUAUAAAUUUGCCCUUAAUGAAAAAAAACAUGUCCAUAAGAAUAACAACCCUAACCCUAACCUUAACUUUAACUUUUACCCUAACCCUAAUGUUAAUGUUAAUGCUAAUGCUAAUGUCAAUGCUAAUGCUAAUGUCAAUGUCAAUGCCAAUGCUAAUAAAAAUAAAAAUAAAAAUAAAAACCCUAACGAAAAAAAGGAACUCAUUUUUAAUAAAUUAUAUGAUGUUGAUAAAAUCAAUUUACAGGAAGAACAUAGGGGACUGAUGAUGGUUGCCCAGAAAAGCGACGAGCACGACCUGUGCAGAGAGCCCAGUCAGCAGCCCUACCGCACCUUGGGUGGCGCCUCCUCCGCGCACCACCAGCAGCAACGGCAACGGCAGCAACAGCAGCAACAGCAGCAACAGCAACGGCACCUCCAACCGCAGCAAUCACAGCAACCGCAGCAACCACAGCAACCGCAGCAAUCGCAGCAAUCGCAACCGCAGCAGCACUCCUAUGGCGGCCUCCUCCCGACGCACGGCACCCUCAUCGGAAAAACGGACAAGCGGAACUUAUAUGACCCGAGUAAGAACGCCAAGCCCGGCUACCCCUUCCAGGAAGAGGAGAGCAGCAGCAGCAACCUGAACGAACGCUUCUUCCGAGCCAAUCGAUACGGCAAAUAUGACCAACUGAAGAAUAGGAAAAUUUCCGAAGACAGGGACAGCAUGAUGGGCAACAUUCCUCAGGAGAGUCUCCUUCAGAAGAUUAAACGGAAGCCCAUGAGCGGUGUCCACCCCCCAAACAGUGUGAGUAACCCGAAUGAUGUGCGCUCUGCUAACCAUCCUCUUAGUUUGGACGGCACGGACCACACCAGCAAUCAGAGCGGCGGUGCGAGCGGUGGUCUUUGCGCCCACCAGAGCAACCACAAGGAGCACGCAGGUGCCCUCCCCAUCAGUCACCUGAAUAAGCAGUUUAACCCUAAUCAGCUCUUGGGCAAACGAAACGGCAGUGUAGUCAACCUGGCUAGUAGCCGCAACUGUAUGGACCAGUCGGUCAGCAGCAGUAACUUAUCGUACCUUCUGUCCCUCAUGAACAACGCAGGGGGGGGAGCAGCAGGGGGAGCGGCGGGAUCGACGGGAUCGAUGGGAGCAACUGCAGCCGGAGGCGGUGUCGCCGUCAUGAGACCCACGCCGACGACCACUGCGAACAGGAGUGGGAACGCCCUCUUUGCCAGCGCCGGGAAGGGCGCAAGACCCUCCCCCCACAAUGUAAGCCAACCGCAUAUGACCAACCAGAAGUACUACGCAACAACGGAUAAUAACAGAAGCAGUGAAGAAGGCCCAAUGGCCAAAGAACAGCUAGCCAUGAUGGAAAAACAAAAUAUCCUUUUAAAAAAAAUUAUGAACAAAAUUAAAAUGGAGGAAAAUAUAUACAACAAGUUAAGCGAAAGUGAAAAGGAAGAAUUGCUAAAGGAGCUAGCUUUAACCAAUGCCAAGCUUGUGGACCCCUAUGCAGCAUAUGCUCAGGAAGAUACUCCCUCCUCCCCGCUGCUUAACAUGAUGGGGAAACAUCUGCACCACUCGGCUACUGCAAAUAGUGGUGGCCUUGAAGGGACGCACCUGAAUAUGAAGAACACGACCAGCAGCAUGGAGCUUAUCAAACACAUGUAUGGCAGUAGUGCCGGUGUGAAGGGCAGGAACAGCAGACCCAAUGUGGCCACACCAAAUGCUUCUGCCUCCCCCUUCGGGAAUAACUACUCCAAAGGGGGCGCAGACGAUGACUUGACUCGCUAUGGCCACGACGGGGAAGUUACCACUGAUGAUGGAAACAAAGACCAGUGUAACUUGAAAAAUAGCGUUAAUCAUAUGGGCAAAGGUGAGGCCUUUUCCUACGCGCAGGAAGUGAAGUCCGCCGGGCGGCAUCAUCUCCUGUAUGAAGGAGGGCAGAGGAGGGCGGCACUGGACGAGGGGGAGAAGGAAGGCAAUUCGGGUAAAGUUGCCGGUGGUCACUCGGGUAACGUUGCUGGUGGACACGCGGCCGGCCACGCGAACGCCCCCCUCCCCGCGCAGAGUGACGAGAAGAGCUCCCUCAUGAACGUAAGCAGGUGGCUCAAAUACUUCGGCAGCGGUAGGGGGAGCGGCCAGGUGGAGGGCGCCCACGCGUCGGCGAAGGAGAAGGCCAUGCAAACGGAUGAGGUGAUGCAAACAAAUGAUGCGAUGCAGAUGGAUGACAAUAGUGAGGAGACCCCCACAGCAUAUGGCUAUAACGCCCAAGGAGUGAUGAACACAGGAAGGAGAGCUCCACAGAAAGGCCACACCAGCAGUAGUGCUAACUACACAGGAGAUUCUUCAAACCAUUUGCAUGAAGAAGCGAAUGUUGUAAAAACGUUAAUGGGUGGUCUGAAAGAGGAGAAGAAGAGUCAGCCGUACGACAGGAUGGAUGUGUCCUCUCCCCUGAGCUCUCGUAACGAAAAUGUUAGCAGUACCACACCAUCGGGGCGUAACCUCUUGGGGGAUUACUCUCGCAAGGGAAUGAACUACUCCACUGGAGGAGAAGGCACACACAAGCAUAGUGACGACCAGAGCAGUGGGGACAUUUCCAAUAAUCACUACGUGCACAUCAUGAGCAGAGUAAAUAAAGUCAGAGGAGACGUUUGGCAGUACAAAGACCCCGCAGGCAAUGUGCAAGGCCCCUUCUCAUCCGAGCUGAUGUUUUACUGGUGGUCUCUGAAGUACUUUCCACAAAACUUGCCCAUCCGAUUUAAUGAGAAUAUGCCUUGGGUUAGCUUCAACGAGAUGUUCCCUCCUGGGACGUUCCCUUUUGUUUUGCCUCUGACCAGUUUUGCCAAAAGUAAUUACAACGUGGUGAAGAAGGAGAACGAGCAUUCUUCUGCUCAGCAGGGUAGCGAACUUGCCAAUAAUUUGGAGGGCGUCAAGGGGAGGUCCUCUUUGGAGGGCUUCAAGGCGAGGUCCUCUUUGGAGGGCUUCAAGGCGAGGUCCUCUUUGGAGGCCGAGUCUUUGGGAAAGAACCGCCUAAGUAGCGGCGGUCAACAGAUGAGCGGCACGGACAACUACCCCUACGCGAAUGUCACGUCUGGCCGUUUGAGCAGCCUAGGCAGUUUAGGCAGUUUAGGCGGUUUAAGCGGUUUAAGCGGCUUGAACCGUUUGAACCACCUGGUGAAGAACCAGGGUGGUUUGGCGGCAAAGGGCUAUAACGUAGAUGUGGCCAAGAGCCCAAGUGGGAUGCUACCCCCUGCUGAGGGAACAGCAACGACCAGCAUGUACAAUGAGAAAGAGUAUGCAGACGUGCGUGAUGGAGCGAAACCAAAGGUGGAAGGCCUCAUGCCAUCGAGGGGAGAGAGAGAUACCCCCAGAAGGACCAUUAACUCCACCAGCAGUGGUAGCAGUGCGCGCACCGAUAGGGAAGCCACCGACAUGGAGAAGUACCUCCUCUCGGAUGACGAUCGGGACGAUCGUGUUAAGGCGGCCACGCAGGCAUACAAAGCGAAGGGAAACAUGCACAGUCAGAAUAGUUACGCGGGAGCGCACCACUCAGGUGCAGUAGCAUCCAUCUCCUCCGCAGCAGUAGCGAUUGGGGUGCAGAGCCUUCCCGCAAAUUACAAAGGCGGAGGAAGCGCCAUGGGUAAUACGUCACACAACAGAGGCGAUGCUAGCAGAUUCGCUGCCAAUUCCCCCCACCAAGAUACCAAAUUACGCAGCGGGGAGAAAGGAACAAAUGCUCCACAUGAAGAAGCAGAUAAAGACAACGACCCCUUCUCCAGGACCAUCAGGUGGAUGCCGGAAAAGCUGACCAACUUCCCGCAGAUGUUCGAGUUUGAGCUGGGCGCGGAGGGGGAAGGAGCAGAGGAGCAGGCGGAGGCAGAAAAGGAGUCAGGGGGGAAGUUACCUCCAGGUGGAGUCCCGCCCCGAAAAAAGAAUCAGCUCGGGGCUGCCGAUGAAGAAGAGGUGGCCACAAAAUUCCGCAGCAACAACAGCGGUAGCCUUAAUGAUCGGCAAAUGAACAAGCACACUGUAGGUUAUGCACCCAAUGGGAAGAGCGGCCACGAUCAACCCAGUGAUAAGCUCAACACACACAGUAAGAGCAACCACGUGGUGGUGAAUGAACCCACGCUACCCUCUCCGACCGAGGUCAACGCCAAACGAAACGUCGCCCAGCAUGAGGGGGGAGGAAAGGCGAAGGCGAAAAUGUCCCCGUCCACUGGAGGAAGCGGAAAACAGGCCAAGGAUGGCAAGGGGGCCCCUGCGGUGAAGCCGGAGGAGGAAGAGGACACCAGCGAGGGGUACGCCACGGUGAAGAAGGACAAGAAGGGGAAGAAGGGAAAGCGCGAGAAGGGGGAAAAGGCGGAGAAGGUGGAGAAGGUGGAGAAGGGGGAAAAGGCAGAGAAGGGAGAAAAGGCAGACAAAGCCGAUAAGGCGGAUAAGGCGGAUAAGGCGGAGAAGAAGCGAAACAAGGCCAACGAAAGUGGCAAACCAAAGGAGAAGAACCUCCACCAGGUGGCCGAGGCGGCACAGGUGGAUGGGCAGGUCGACCCGGGGACCAGUGCGAUCAAGGCACCCUGGGAGGAGGCGAAGAAAAAGCGAAAGAGCGAUGACAUGGGUGGUACGGUCAAAGCUGAUGAAGGCGAAAAGGAGGUAGCGAAAAAGAGUAACAACGCCAAAAAGAAGAAAAAGGAAAGUGGUGAAGCGCCCCUGCCGCAGCAGUCGGAGGGCGAGGAACAGCAGCACCGCGAGAAGAAGAAGGCCAAGAAGGAGGGGAAGGAGGGGAAGAAGUCGGACGCGGGCAAAGUGGGAACUCCCAUCUCGCCAAGCACGGCCAGCACGACCAACCCAGUUAGCACCUCCACCCCCAAGGGGGCCGAAAAAAAAACGGAAAAAAUGAAGUGGAGUAUAACGGGCGAAAGAAAAAUUGACAAGCUGGUGGACAUCAUGAAGGGAGAAGAGAAGAGCAUCAACAUGAAGAUAAAAAUAGAAAACUCAAAAAAGAAAAUGGCAGCAAGUGCUAAUGGAAACAACGCAAGUGGUGCCAAUGGCACGGUGAAGAAGUCCGGCUGGGACGUCUCCUUCAGCACCAGUGUGAAAAACGCGGACAACGUAAAUUUUCCUCAUCUGUCUAUAGGGGGAGGAGGCAAACAAGGCAAGGCAAAGGCCGGGGUGAAGGGCAGCCUGCCCAGUAAAGUCAGCUCCCCGAACAAGGACGCUCCCAACGGGACUGCCAACGGGACUGCCAGCGGUGGUGGUAGUCUCUUCCCCUACCCAAUGGCAGUCGAUAGCAGCAACGCAAAAGGCGGUAUUGGCAUGAAGAACAGCGCAGAUGUGUCUGGUAAAAAACAGAGUGAAAAGAAAAAAUGGAAAAGCGAAAGCGGCGAUGUGCAUCCGAGCGAGGAGGAUAAGAAGUUCCCCCCCCUCCUGAAUUCGGCGGCCGUCAAAGUCGAAAGCACCAAGAAGAAGACGAACAGCCCCCCCGAGCGGGAACUAACAGACCUGAAGCAACUGACGAGCCUGUGCAAGCUCCCCCUGGACGACUCCCUCUUGAAUUUCCUAAAGAACUUCAAGAAGGCCGACGAAAUAUACGCCUUCCUGCAGCACAGCGUGGAGGAUAAGAAGAAGCUGAGCCAGUUUGCCAAGGAGUUUAUAAAAAUAAACAGCAAGAAUGACGUCAGUGGUCAAGCUGCCAAGAAGAAGAAGUAG